ACCAUGACCACCACCGCGGCUUAUCUCCUCCUCUUAACCACAGCUCUCAGCCUCUCCACCACCGCGUAUUCCAUCGGAGUCAACUAUGGAACCCUAGCAAACAACUUGCCAUCACCCACCCAAGUUGUCAACUUCCUUAAGACCCGAACCACCAUCGAUAGCGUCAAGAUCUUCGAUACAAAUCCAGAAAUUCUACGAGCUUUUGCUAAUUCUGGGAUUAGCGUUAGUGUCACCGUUGGCAAUGGCGAUAUUCCUUCACUUACACAGCUCCCUGCGGCGAGGCAAUGGGUGACAAACAAUAUUGCUCCUUAUCAUCCACAAACAAGGAUCAAGUACAUUUUAGUUGGAAAUGAGAUCUUACACUCCAAUGAUAAUGUUUUGAUGUCCAAUCUUGUGCCUGCCAUGAAAACCCUUAAUUUUGCUCUUGUCCUUGCUGGAUUGAAGGGUAUCAAGGUCACAACAGCUCACUCACUCGGCAUACUCUCAACCGCCGAGCCACCAAGUUUGGGCCGGUUCAGGCCGAACUACGAUCGGGCCAUAAUAAGGCCCAUGCUCCAAUUCUUACGUGAAACCAAGUCUCCAUUCAUGGUCAAUCCAUACCCCUACUUCGGGUACUACGCAGAGAGGGCCAACUUCCAACUCUUCAAGCGCAAUCCAGGUGUCAGAGACAGAUACACACGUGUUACAUACACCAACUCCUUUGACGCACUCAUGGACGCCACGUAUACGGCUAUGAAAUCUGUGGGGUAUGCUGACGUGGACAUUGUAGUCGGUGAGACUGGUUGGCCCUCUUUGUGUGAUCCGGGUCAACCGGCUUGCAGCGUGGAGAAUGCGGCGUCGUAUAACUUGAAUUUGGUUAAGCAUGUCAACUCGGGCAGAGGGACACCAUUGAUGCCGAACCGGCGGUUCGAGACUUACAUUUUUGCUUUGUUUAAUGAGAAUCUUAAACCCGGUCCGACCGCCGAGAGGAAUUGGGGACUGUUCAGGCCGGAUUUCACCCGUGUUUAUAAAGCCGGCAUUAUGCGUGCACGGAGGGGUGGCGGAAAAGGUAGAGGAGGAAGGCCACGACCACCGGCAGCAACACCAGGAGGCAAGAAGUGGUGUGUGCCAAAACCAAAUAUUAGUGAUCAGGCAUUGCAAGCAAACAUAGAUUAUGUAUGUAGCUUGGGUAGCGUGGAUUGCAAGCCAAUUCAAGCCGGAGGAGCCUGCUUUGAUCCAAACAAUAUUAGGUCUCAUGCGUCUUUCGCCAUGAAUUCUUACUUCCAAAAAACAGGUGGAGGCGAUUCCAGCUGUGAUUUUUCACAUACCGGUGUCGUCACCACUGCUGACCCAAGCUAUGGCUCGUGUAGAUAUAUGUAACCAGAGAGAUCACAAAAUGGAAGAUCAUCAUGACCAUGUAACUUAGGAG